AUGAGCAGCGCUAUCCUUCCCGUCGUGGGUUCAUCCACCGCACAAGCGCCUAUCAAUCGCAAGCUCUCAGACGAGACUUUGAGCGAGAUCUUCAUGACGCUGUCCCUGCUCGACAUACCAUCCCGAGUGCGCCCGCAAGGGUGGUAUCUCCAAGUGAACGGCGUAUGCCGUCGCUGGCGCCACGUUGCCUUGAACUACGCUAGGCUAUGGGCCACGAACGCCGGGUCGUUCAUUUCCGAUAACAUGACGAACCUCAUGAUUGAGCGAGCACGCGGCUCUGCUCUAUGCUUCGAUGGACAUAUUGAAGACCAUGCAGGUUCAGAUUAUGUUCUGACCGAGUAUCAGCUUUCGCUGCUCGAACAGUACCGCGAUCGUCUUCGCUCGUUUGUAUACGAUGACUAUCUCAAGUGGCCGGAGCUACUGUAUCGCCUACGGUCCUUCCCGAAGCUCGAGAUGGCUAGAAUAUGGGACGGCUCGGGCCCCGAUAUGUGGCCCACGAACGAGCUGAUUGAAGCGCCGUGUCUGCACGGCUUAUACAUGAACAAUGUUCUCAUACCAUUCUGCGCGCCCUCUCUUCGAUAUCUACGGGUGGACAUGGAUAACAUUGACUGGAGAUCCAAUGAAAACAUAUUUGACCCGCACGAGCCGGAGCCUGAUAGUUGCGAGGCCAUACCAAGAGUCUUUCCCACGUACGAGUUCAUCGUAUUCCUACAACGUUCAAAUCUACUUGAACGGCUGAUCGUCACCGACAUGCCCCUUUUAAUUGCCGAGCAGCUACCCUCCGCGUCCGAGUUGCAUGUUGAGCUUCCAAACCUGCAGGGCCUUCAUCUAGGAGGCAAGUCAUAUGCGAUGGGCGACUUCUUCCGAAGACUGAGGAUACCACACGAUGCGAAGGUCUUCAUCGACACCGAUGCUUUAGACGAAAGGUAUGAAGGAGAUUUCGACUGGGCCGAACCAGUACUACUGAAUGCUGUGCAUGAAUGGGUGCACUCGCCCGUGUAUGAUAGCCUUAGGCUGGGCUUGACGCCAUCGUACGAUAUCCUUCUACAACUAUGGUCGUCGGAAUCGACUUCCGAUGUUACGCUGGGAGGUUUCGACUUCUCCACAUCUCUUGGACUAUCAUGUCCAGCAUCGGGUGCUGCCUUCACGCUCAGACUUCCAAGUGUCACUCGGGCUCUCCACGACCUAGGCAUGCGUGGUGUACAUGUGCCGCCCUCAGACUGGGACGACUUGAGCGAUAGUUUGCGUGUCGUUGACUUCGAAGCCAAAGUAGCCAGGAUGUUCUAUGGACGGGUGAAUCGCGUUCUGCACCCAGGAUUCUCGAGCCUGAGAUAUCUAGACUACACUGAUGCACCCGUAGAGAGGUUCAAGGAGUCUGGCCAUAUGUUCACGUCUCGUCGGCCUACAAUUCAACUCAUGCAAGAGAUCAUUCAAUCCUUCGCCGCGACACAUGUCACUGCCAGUUGGUCACUCCUCAAGUACGUUUCAAAGUUUGGUAUGCUGGAGGAGUUCCACUUCACACGCCACGUUGAGGACGUGACGAUUGUGAACUUUCCGUGUGCCGAGUACCCGAAUCAAGAUCGCUACGAUGACUGGAUAAACGCAACAGCCUGGACUGAUUUGGGGUUAUGUUUCCGGAACCGAUCCAGACUUGGAUGGCCGCCGAUUGCCCUCAGGCUGGCCGAAUCAGCCUCUGAUAUGUCUAAUAUGGCACGCUCUGAUGAAUUGGGGUAUGUACAUAUGAUCGCAGGUUCAUACGAAGACGCAGUCAAAGCGGUGACACAGAAAGGCUAUCAGAAGGUGGCGCCUUUUGUGAAGAGUUUUGAAGACAUGCGUAUACACGCACGACCUUGA